UGUCGUUUUGAAUCAGGGACCGUUUUCCGCAGUAACAAACACACUUGGAAGUUGAAACCGCAGAGCACGGCGAUGCGAAUCACCAUCGACGCAAUCCCUUUGGACCUUCUUCCCUUGAAUCUGAAUGUGCUCUAAGCCAUGUCCUCCGUCCACGUCGACAUCGCCGACGAUUCUGCUGCCGCAGCCACCGACGGUUUUUAUUCUCCGGCCAAGCAGAAGGCCGCGAACCGCCGCCCCACCGUCCUCACCAUCCAGCGAGCGAGGCAGACCCUCUGCGCCGCCAAGGUGAAGCUCAUCCUUGCGGUUCUCACCUUCUCCUUCAUCAUUUACGUCUCCUCCAAGCUCAGCUCCUUCAUGGGUUGGAACCCUCACUAUCCUUCAUUCGUUUCUUCUCCCUCAAGGGGUGGCUAUACUGUGCUGAUAAACAGUUGGAAGCAGAGCUCUAUCCUUAAACAAUCUGUUGCUCAUUAUGCAUCAUGUCGUAGUGUUGAAAGAAUACAUGUGUCAUGGAGUGGAAGUGAACCACCAUCGGAGAAGCUGAUAGCCCGUCUAAAUGAGAUUGUGGUUCUGAAGUCCGAGGGAGCUCAGAAAACAGACUUUAUAUUUGAGGUCAUUUCGGGAGAUCAAUUAGCCAGCAGGUUUAGGCCAAAAAGCUACCCCAACACUGAUGCGAUUUUCUCAGUUGAUGACAAUGUGAUUGUUCCGUGCCCUUCUCUGGAUUUUGCUUUCUCUGUCUGGCAAACUGCUCCAUUGUCAAUGGUGGGAUUUGUUCCUCGAACACACUCAGUAAAUAAGGAGCAAAAUAAUGUUGCAUAUUAUAUAUAUGAAGGAUGGUGGUCAGUUUGGUGGACGGGAACUUAUACCAUGGUUCUCUCAAAGGCUGCAUUCUUUCACAGGAAAUACUUGGACUUUUAUGCUCAUAUGUCUCCGUCGAUUCAGAACUAUGUUGCUAACGAGAGGAGUUGUGAAAUCAUCGCAAUGUCCCUCCUCGUCGCUAAUGUUACAGGUGCUCCUCCGGUAUGGGUCAAAGGCAAAAUCUAUGAGAUUGGGGCAUCUUCCAUUGGCAGUCUGAGAGGGAGAAGCCGACUGAGAAACAAAUGUCUCAACGAUUUAAUAUCACAUUUCGGUAUUAUGCCUCUUGUUCCGACUAAUUUCAAAGCGGUUAGCGCUAAGAAUGAAUGGCUAUGGUAGUCAUUUUGUUUUCUUAAUCAAGGCAAAGCCAUUUCACCUGGAAGGAAAGAUUUUGUGUGAUUUACAAAGGAAUCUGUCAAUAAUGUGAGGUGUAUAUAGAUGUAUGUUCUAGGGUCUCAAUAGUUUUUUUAUUCAUUAAUGUUUGGUACAAAACAAGCCUGGUCUACUGCCAAGAGUGGUGAUCUUGUGAAGGCCCUUUACUCUAUGUAACUAUGUAUGACUCAAAUUAAAUUACCACAAACUAGAAUGGACUCAUUGAAAAUC